GGCAGCGCGCGCGGGGUCGGUCGGCAGCUUCCAGUGGAGGAUGUGGAGCUGGUCGCGCUGGUGGACGGAAAGCUGUACGGGUCCGUCGGCUACAGCAACGCCCUGGAGGUGCAGUGCCAGCUCGUGUGGCUGUGCCAGCGGCACUCGCGCUGCGGCAGGCUCGCACGCGUGAGGCUGCUCUGGAGCGACGACAGCUACUGGGACUGGUGGUCGCAGUGUGCGGGCGAGCGCGGUGCGAUCUCGCUCAGGCCCCUCUUGCACAUCUGCGAGGGCCCGGCGCCGCUGUACGAGGCCGAGCUGCCGCCGAACUGCACGGAGCUGGUUCACACAUCGGAAAUGGCGCGGCUGACGGUCGAGGCGGCGGCGGAGCUGGCGCCCGCCGCGGGCGCCCGCCCGUUCGAGGACCCCUUCGGCGAGCUGGACGAGGGGCCCUCCGCGCCCAGUGAGGUGGCCGCCCUGCGCUCGCGGCUGAUGGAGUCGAAGGCUGUACCUGCGGUCGAGGACGGGCCCGAGGUCAAGCGGCCGCUGGCGGAGGUGCUCUCGGAGCGCGCCGCGAAGGUUGCUCGCGGGGGGGCGAAGCUGCUGGCAGCGCCUCACCCGUCCGACGGAAGCGCGCGCGGGGCGCGCGAUCGGGGGCCGACCGAGGGCGCGGCGGCCACGGCGGGCGCCUCCCGCGCGGCGCAGGACCUUGCGAGCGUCCUCGCGCGGCUGCUGGACGGGCGCCAGGGCAGCAGCGAGGAGAUGGGCCUGGCCAGGCGGGCUCACUGCCGCAGGGUGGCCACCGAGCAGCCCGGGCGCCUCGCCGAGGCGAGCUUAGCCCACAUGGCGGACUUCCCCGGCACGCAGGAGGGGGAGAGCGCCGUCGACCCGCAGGGCGCGAUCGCGCUGCGGUGGCUCCUCACGGCGUAUCUCCCGCAGCACCCCGUGCGGGAGAUCGGCGUGCCCACGUGCCGCGAGUUGCGGGCGCUCGCCGAGGCGCUCGACCACUUGGCGCAGGGGCGCACGGCGGCGGACCUGCUCGCGCAGCGGUUCAAGGCGCUCCAGGUCACGCUCCACGACGGGAAUUGGUCGGGGGCGAAGUGGCCGGGGCACAUGCCGCCGCGCGACGAGCCCACCGUGCUGCGGAGCGAGGAGGAUGAGCUGAUCAGGGGCAUCCAGGUGGGCGAGCUCACGUUGGACGAGCUGACCGCGAAGCUGCGCGAGCUGGGCUGUGGGGGCGAGUCGAGCAAGGGGUACCAGGCUCGCCUUGCGAGCGUCGUGGCCGAGCUGAAGAAGAAGAAGGGCGGCGAAGGUGCAGCGGCACCGAGCGCCGCCAGCGGGGGGCGGCAUCAUGGCGCGGAGGCGGGCGACGCGCUGCCGCCGCUGGAGCUGGGCGCUGCCCUGGCCGGGACGGUCGCGCCGCGGGCCAGCGCUGUCGGGGCCGAGGCGGCGCUGCCGGAGUCGCUGCCGCUGAGGGAGGGGUCGGAGAGCAUGACGGCUGGGCGCAGGAGGUCGCCCGCCGAGCUUGGUCGGCCCAUGCGGCGGGUCGACCUGGCAGUCGAGCUCGUGAGGUUCGCGCAGCUGCGUCCUGGCACCCUGGGUCGUCUCGCAGGGCAAGCGCUCCCAGUCGAGAGGAGUGGCGCGAAGGCCCGAGUCCGGGGCCUGCCGCCGCUGCCUCCCCCGCCCCUCGAGGAGGUUGCGAGGUGGGCCCAGGCUGCCAAGGGCUCGCGGCGUCGUCUCGCGCCCGUGGCCAGGGCGGUCGCGGCUGAGGCGUGGACCUACAUGAGCGCGCUGGGCCUCGACCACAUGCACUGCGGGGUCGCUCGGGAAACGCUCCGACUCGGAGCGACGCCGACUCUGGCGCAGGAGACGGCCAUGCGGCGCAUUCGCUCGCGGGCGGCGGAGUUUGUCCAGCAGCCUUCCGAGACCGUGGCCGUCGCUUCUUUGGGCGACGCGGUCGCGACCUCGUCAGUGGACUACAGCGGGGAGCCCAUGAUGCGCGCUCUCCCCUGCGCCGUCGCGGAGCUGGCCCCUGGCCUGCCGAAGAGGGAGCACGAGGCGACCCUGAGCGCGAUCGACUUCGUUGACGACGAGGUGGCGCGUUGGCUGGCCGACCCCACGCUGGCGCGGGUCAACGUCGGCUCGCAGUUCGAGUGGGAGGCCCUGGCGAUGCACCUCGUGCGCCUCGGGAUCUUCACCGUGCUUCCCGCCGAGGAGCUGGUCCGCGUCCGCGGCGAGCCUCUGCUGAACGGGCUCUUCGCUGCGGAGCAGAGCACGCCUGGGCCUGGGGCCAGUCGCGUCACGAGGCCCAUCCUUAACGUGGUGCCUGGCAACGCGCUCAUCGAGCCUCGCGCAGGGGAGGUGGCCAUGCUUGCUGGGUCCACGAGCUGGGUGUCGCUGCGCAUCCCCGAGGGGAAACUGCUCCGUUGGCCAGGCGACGACCAGAAGGGAGAGCCUGAGGUGCGCCUCGCGUCGGCGGUGAUCGCGAUGGGCUGGUCUCUGGUGGCCCCAGUGCACCGGCACAUCCACAGGCGGCUGCGCCGCCUGCCACCGCCGCUGGGCGCGGGGCUGCCCCCGCAGGCGGAGUGGCGCAAGGAUGCGCCGCGGCCCGUCGCCGCCGCUGCAGAGGAAGGAGAUUCAGCGUGGUGGCAGGUCUACAUCGACGACUUCGACGUGCCCGAGAUCGUGGAGGAGGCGCGCGCCAGACGCCUGAUAGGCUUGCUGGCGGAGCAGGUCAGAGCGCGAGCCAGCUAUGACAGGGCUGGCGCCGCCAACUCGGCGGCGAAGGCUCACUGCAGGCAGCUUCGGGUCGAGCGCAUGGGGCCGACGUCGACGGCGAGUCCGGCCGCCUGGCCGCCUUUGGCCAAGUCGCUCGAGGCGAUCGCGCUGUGCCUGGCCCCCUUCAGGCUCGAGGCCGUGCCGUGGCGGCUCGCGAUGACAACCCUCGGGCGCUUCGCUGGGCUCUUCGAGUUCCGAAGGCCCCUCUUCAGCGUGCUCAGCGAGGUCUGGAGGUUGAGCUCGCAGCGCGGCAACGCGAGGUUCUCCGCGGCGAUGGUCGAGGAGCUGCUGACCGCCAAGCUGGUGCUGCCGAUGGCCGCGGCCUCGCUGCGAGCCAAGAUCGAGGGCGUGGCCACUGUCUCGGCCAGCCUCGACGGCGCUCCGACGCUGGACGAGCAGAUGCACCUGGGGACUCGCCUGCUGCAGCUGCCCGCCGAGCCCUCAGAACCCUGGGCGGUCGCCAACCCCCUCAUCCCGCGGGCCGCGGUUCUGAGGGCGCCCAAGGUGCUCCUCGUCGGCCUGUUCAACGGGGUUGGGGGCCUGGCGGUGGCCUUCUUGCGAUUGCCCGCGCGGACCAUGGGUUACGUCGCGGCGGAGACGGACGCCGAGGCGCGCAGGGUGGCGCGCCUGCGCUGGCCAGGCGCGAUCGACUGGGGCGACGUGGCGCGCGUGGCCGCUGUCGUGAACGAGCUGCGGGGCGCCUGCUGCGACGAGGUCGACCUCUGCGCGGCGGCCGCGGGCAGCCCCUGCCAGGACCUGGCCAGGCUGAGCGCGUCGAGCGCGGGCUUGCGCGGCGCGAAGUCCGGCUUGUUCUACGAGGUGCCCCGCUUGCUGGAGCUCCUCAAGGCGGCGUUCCGUCACCAGCUGAAGUGGUUCGUCGAGAACGUCGCGCCCGUCCUGCACUCGUCCGUCCUCGUGCCCUGCCGACGUCCCAGGCUGUGCUGGAUGAGCUGGGAGCCGCGCGUCGCUGCCCCGCUCGCCGUGGCGAUGAGGGACGGGUUCCGCGAGGUUCGCGCGCCGAGGGGCCCCCUCUGCGAGUUGGCCUGGCAGGACGAGGGAGCCCGCUGGCUGGGUGCUCCAGGACUGUUCCCAACGCUAGCAUGCUGCAGGCCGCUGCCGAAGUUUCCCCCG